UUCUGUUAUUUGAACUAUCAUUCAACAUGAACUCAUUGAUUGCCUUUGCCUUCGUCGCCUUCGCAGCCUCUGCCUCUGCUUCAAUCCACGGUCUUGGACUUGGUCAUGCUGCCAUCGUGAACCCCCAUGCUCUUAGUCCCGUUGGCCCAUCAGGAAUUGUUACUGGUGCCGGAGCUGCUGGUCCAUCUGGAGUUGUAACCGGAGCCGGAGCCGCUGGACCUUCUGGAGUUGUAAACGGACAUGGAGCAGUAGGACCAACCGGACCUAACGGACAUGGAGUAGCUUGGGCAGCUCCUUUAGCUGUCGGGUACGCUGGAUUAGCAGGACCCGCUGGAUGGGCAGGACACGGUGCAUGGGGUGCUGCUCCAUUAGCUUUGGGACACGCCGGUUGGGGUCUAGGAUAUGGCGGAUGGGGACAUGGAUAUGGAGCUGGUCAUUGGGGUCAUGGUUGGUAAAUUUAGGAACAGAAAUAUAAAAUAUAUUGUUAUUUAUAAAUUAAAUUCAAAUGUGAGC